AUGAAGAUGGUGGAGGUUUUUGGGGGUGAUAACAAGGACCACUUGGAGCUGUGCAGACCCAGCCAAUUUUCAUCUUGCAUCACCACCUAUAAGAAAACUCCUCCACCAGUGCCGCCCCGAACCUCAACCUGUUCUUCAGCCUCCAAGCCCUACAUCUCCAUCACAGCUCAGAGCAGCACAGAGUCUGCACAGGAUGCAUAUAUGGAAGAAGAGGGACCCAGAGGUGACAUGACCAUCCAAUCAGGGCUCAGUAACUCAACAGAAAGCAUUGACAGUAUGAAGGCCUUGACAGCUGCCAUAGAAGCUGCUAAUGCACAGGUCCAUGGACCAGCCAGUCAGCAUGUCAGUAACAGCACCAUGACAGUCAGCAUACCCACCCCCUCAGUCCUCAGCAGGGGGCCAGUUAUUGAAGACCACCGAGAUGGAUACAGGAAAGAAGCUUUCAGGAAGGGCAAAUGUCUCUCCAUAGGCAUCCAGGUGGAUGGACCUGAGGAGGUUCCGGAUCCAGAAGACCCAUCCAAGUUCACCUCUGUAGGGGUGCAAGUGGAGGAUGACAGAGG